GGGCGUGGCCACGCGCGAGCCGGGUCCGCUCUUUCGAAGCGUAGAGAGAGAGAGAGAGCAAAAACGAGCCCUCAGCCGGAGCUUCUUCCCUUUCCCUUCUCGCUCUCUCUCUCUCUCUCAGAGCGUGAGGCGUCUUUCCUUCUUUCUUCCUUCAAGCCCCUUUCUCAACGGCGGAGCGUGCCAUGGAGGAGGAGCGGGCGGGGGAGCAGAUGAGACCGCUACUCACGACGGGUCACGAUGAAGAAGCUGUUGUGGAUACAGGUAAAAUUAGCUCUACAAUCACCACAAAUUUUGAGAAAGAAGAACUUGAAAGCCACAGAGCUGUGUAUAUUGGUGUGCACGUUCCCUUUGGGAAACAAGGUCGACGACGUCAUAAACAUCGUGGACAUAAACAUCAUAGAAGAAGAAGAGAAAAGGAAACUGAUAGAGAAGAUGGGCGAGAUUCUCCCUCUUAUGACACGCCAUCUCAGAGGGUACAGUUUAUUCUGGGUACUGAAGAUGAUGAUGAAGAACACAUUCCUCAUGAUUUGUUCACUGAAAUGGAUGAACUUUGUUUUAGAGAAGGAGAAGAAUAUGAAUGGAAAGAAACUGCCAGAUGGCUGAAAUUUGAAGAAGAUGUUGAAGAUGGUGGUGAACGAUGGAGUAAACCUUAUGUGGCUACCCUGUCUCUCCACAGCUUGUUUGAAUUGAGGAGUUGCAUUUUAAAUGGAACAGUCAUGCUGGAUAUGAGAGCCAAUUCACUGGAUGAAAUAGCAGAUAUGGUAUUGGAUAACAUGAUCACUUCUGGUCAUUUGGAUGAAUCUAUGAGAGAGAAUGUCAGAGAGGCACUUUUGAAGAGGCACCACCAUCAGAAUGAAAAAAAAUUCAGUAAUCGGAUUCCUCUUGUUCGAUCUUUUGCAGAUAUAGGCAAGAAACAUUCUGACCCUCUCUUGCUUGACAGAAAUGGGGAGGGCCUUUCAGCCUCCCGCCACUCUUUGCGAGCAGGUCUCUCUGCUUCACAUAUUUCCCUGAGAGGAGAGAAUCGUUUGUCACUUCUUCUCAAUUAUCUUCUUCCUGGAUCUCCAGCGGCCUCAAGGAGAACAACCCCUUUACCUACCCCUCAAAGCACCCCACCCUCCAGUCCUAGAUGCGAACAUGAGGCAACCAAAAAUGUGCAGCCACCUGAGCUUCAGAGUACCGGACUUCUAGUGUCUCCUUGUAAUUAUGAUAUACCUAAAGUAAUAAUACAUCCACCUGAGGAGGAUUUAGAAGCUCAGGAAAAUGUGGAGAAGACGACAGAGGAUAAUAGUGACAUAACAUCAGGACUCCUAGCAUCACCACAGUCUGCACCUGGUAAUUUGGAUACUGGAAAAAGUGGAGAAGUUAAAUGUAGUGGAACAGGAGGAAGUAGAGAAAACAGCACUGUUGAUUUUAGCAAGGAGUCUGCCUCCUGGCACUGUAGUUGUGGCACACUUGGUGUGGGACUCAAGAGGCCAGCUGUAGAUAUGAACUUUAUGCGGAAGAUUCCUAUAGGGGCAGAAGCAUCAAAUGUGUUGGUGGGAGAAGUGGAUUUUUUGGAGAGACCAAUUAUUGCUUUUAUCAGGCUGUCCCCUGCUGUACUUCUCACAGGUCUCACAGAGGUUCCUGUUCCUACACGAUUCCUUUUUCUGUUGUUGGGUCCAGCAGGCAAAGCACCUCAGUACCAUGAAAUUGGACGAUCAAUAGCAACACUUAUGACUGAUGAUGUGUUCCAUGACGUUGCUUAUAAAGCCAAAGACCGAAAUGAUCUGUUAUCUGGUGUAGAUGAAUUUUUAGAUCAAGUGACUGUUCUACCUCCAGGAGAGUGGGAUCCAUCUAUACGAAUUGAGCCACCUAAAAGUGUUCCUUCUCAGGAGAAAAGAAAGAUUCCUAAAUUUCCAAAUGGAACUCCUUCUCCUGGAGAGUCUCUUAAAGAAGAAGGCCAUCAUGCUGGACCUGAACUACAGAGGACUGGAAGGCUAUUUGGUGGUUUGAUACUUGACAUCAAAAGGAAAGCACCUUUUUUCUUGAGUGACAUCAAGGAUGCAUUUAAUCUGCAGUGCCUGGCCUCGAUUCUUUUCCUAUACUGUGCCUGUAUGUCUCCUGUAAUCACUUUUGGAGGGCUCCUUGGAGAAGCUACAGAAGGCAGAAUAAGUGCAAUAGAGUCUUUAUUUGGAGCAUCAUUAACUGGGAUUGCCUAUUCAGUUUUUGCUGGGCAACCUCUAACAAUAUUGGGAAGCACUGGACCAGUCCUUGUAUUUGAAAAAAUAUUAUUUAAAUUCUGCAAGGAUUAUGGGCUUUCUUAUCUCUCAUUACGAACCAGCAUUGGCCUGUGGACAUCAUUUUUAUGCAUAUUGUUAGUAGCAACCGAUGCUAGCAGCCUUGUGUGUUACAUCACUCGAUUUACGGAGGAGGCUUUUGCUGCUCUUAUUUGCAUAAUAUUUAUAUAUGAAGCCCUGGAAAAGCUUUUUCACUUGGGAGAAGUAUACCCUUUCAACAUGCACAAUGACCUCAAUAAACUGACAAUGUAUUCAUGUGUUUGUGCAGAGCCUCCAAAUCCCAGCAAUGAAACAAUGAUGGCAUGGAAGAAAGCCAACAAAACUGUAGAGUCUAUAGAAUGGGCUAACCUCACAGUUAAGGGAUGUAAUGAUCUUCAUGGAAUAUUCAUUGGAUCAGCAUGUGGUCACCAUGGUCCAUAUUUUCCAGAUGUCCUUUUUUGGUCUGUCAUUUUAUUCUUUACAACGUUUUUCCUCUCCUCUUUCCUGAAGCAAUUUAAGACCAAACGCUAUUUUCCAACUAAGGUGCGUUCUACAAUAAGUGACUUUGCUGUAUUUUUAACAAUCGUGAUCAUGGUUAUCAUAGAUUAUCUUGUAGGAGUUCCUUCUCCUAAACUUCAUGUGCCUGAAAAAUUUGAGCCUACACGAAAUGACCGGGGGUGGCUUAUAGAUCCUCUAGGUUCUAAUCCUUGGUGGACACUUCUGAUAGCUGCACUUCCUGCUUUACUCUGUACCAUUCUCAUUUUUAUGGACCAGCAAAUUACAGCAGUUAUCAUAAACAGAAAAGAGCAUAAACUCAAGAAAGGUUGUGGCUAUCAUCUUGAUUUGCUCAUGGUUGGUAUUAUGCUGGGCAUAUGCUCUAUCAUGGGCUUGCCUUGGUUUGUGGCUGCAACUGUUCUUUCGAUAAGCCACGUUAACAGCUUAAAAGUCGAAUCGGAGUGUUCUGCUCCAGGAGAACAACCAAAGUUCUUGGGAAUUCGUGAACAAAGAGUUACAGGAUUAAUGAUUUUUGUUCUGAUGGGUAUGUCGGUUUUCAUGACCUCUGUGUUAAAGUUUAUUCCAAUGCCAGUUUUGUAUGGUGUCUUUCUUUAUAUGGGCGCAUCCUCACUAAAAGGCAUCCAGUUUUUUGACCGUAUCAAAUUGUUUGGAAUGCCUGCCAAACAUCAGCCAGACUUGAUCUAUCUGCGUUAUGUACCACUCUGGAAGGUCCACAUAUUUACAGUAGUUCAGCUUACCUGCCUUGUACUUCUGUGGGCAAUUAAAGCAUCUGCUGCUGCUGUUGUUUUUCCCAUGAUGGUUUUAGCUCUUGUUUUCAUUCGCAAACUUAUGGAUUUGUGCUUCACCAAACGGGAGCUCAGUUGGCUUGAUGAUCUUAUGCCAGAAAGUAAGAAGAAGAAGGAAGAUGACAAAAAGAAAAAAGCAAAGGAGGAAGCUGAACGAAUGUUUCAAACCGUGGACAGUGAAACUGUACACCUUCCAUUUGAAAGAGGCGAUGUAUUACAGAUUCCUGUGAAAGCUCUAAAAUACAGUGUUGAUCCUUCUGUUGUAAACAUAUCAGAUGAAAUGGCCAAAACUGCACAGUGGAAGGCUCUUUCCAUGAACACAGAGAAUGCCAAAGUAGCAAGAUCUAACUUGAGCUCUGAAAAAGAAGAGACUGUGAAAAUAGAAAUUGAAAAGACACCAGAAACGAAGUAUGUAGAUGCUGAAACCUCAUUAUAGAAGCAAACAAGGGAUAUAUAUCAUUUUAUAGGAUAUACUGUAAGAAGGUGACUUUGAAGCUUCUCUUGAGUACUGAAGAUGAACUCUAGAUGAUGUAGAUGAAGCAACAAAUAUUUCAGAUAAUAAGUGGCAAUCACUUGAGAAGUAUUUAUUUUAAUGGAAUAGUUAUUUCCUUUUUAACAGGAAAAUUAAAAUUGCUUUUAGUUACCAGUACAUGUCAAAUCAUCUUUAAAUGUAAAUUAUUGGUCUCCAUUAUGUAUACAUUUUGAGUAUGUAGCUGUUUUUUAACAAUAUAAUUUAUUGCAGUAUGUAUGACCUCUUUUCAGGCAAUUACUGUUUGGGUUUUUGCAAAAUGUUAUGUGUCUCCAUUUCCAUGGAACAAAUAUCCAAAAGUGCCAUUUUGUGAAUGAUUGCAUUUUUUAAACCCCUUUCUCAUUUCAUGAUGUUAUUUUUAGGGGUGAUAUAUUUUACAUUUGUAGGGAUCCACUUCUGAAAUCAUAAAUUAGCUCUGUGUUCCAUUGUCACUUCAAAAAGAAAAUACGUUCCAAUCUAAGGUUUAAUUUUCAGUAUUAAUUCCUAGUCCGUUGCCUAAUAGUUCUCAUUCCGUGAUAUGUUCUCAGGCUUUCCUCUUCAUAUUGCAUAUUAUUAGAUAGAUUAAACUGUGUCCAGUGUGAUAAAUUAAGAAAGGUCACUAAUUCUGGGAUGUGGAUUGGGACACAAAUGUACCUUUUUCUAAAUUGUAAACAUGGUUCUAUUUUUAGUUACACCUUCACCUCUUGAUUGUAUUCUGGGUUCUCUUGCAUAUUUUAUUUAGAGUAUUAGGUCAAGUAUUUUUGAAUGUAGUAUAAGAUCCUAAACUCUAACUGUGCAGUCCAAAAUUCCUUCUUUAGUAAGGGAGAUACUUUAAUGUCAAAUGAUUAUUUAAAUAUUUUAUACUAACAAUUAAUCCAUAAGGCAUAUAAUUGAACACCUGACCUAAUGCUACUAUGUUUGGAACUGAAGUUUAUUUUAAGUUGCAGUGACUGGAACUUGCAGAGUAAUCAUAAAUGGAAACAAGUCCAAUGGAAGAAAACAGAAUGAAUUUUGAUUUUAAAUCCUACAGUUCUGCUAUGUAUACAGUGCUUCUUUGAUGUUGGAAAUCUGCAUUUGAAGCGAUCCCCAAUAUUGAAAUUGGUGAAUCCUUCCUUGGGCCGGAGUUCUGUGUCUGUCAGAAUCCCAUACAUACUAAGAAUGGCCCUGAAUUGGAGCUAUAAUUAGCACUGAAUUGUGAUAACUUUUUUGUUAUUCUGGGAAUGUAAGAAUUUUAUGUGAAGUUGUAUAGAUUAGAUUUUAAACAUUAUUUUUAUUCAUUUUUUCCAUUUUGUGAAUAAAAAUACCAUGAAAAAUAAAAUAACCAUUGUUAGUUA